AGCAUGAGGAUGAUGACGCACAGUCGCGGCAGAGAUGAUCAACACCGCUGGCUCUGGACGUGUCGCUGCGUUUUCCCUCUAUAACGCGACAGAUAUACAUUAGUGGAGCUAUGUAAAUGUGUGUGAUUGUAGCAGUGGAUAUUGUAGAGGGUGAAAUGACAGGAUUUCUGCAGCACACCGCCUCAUCUGCGUCUCACUGAGGAAGGAUACGGCUGCGCGUCGUCGUCAGGAACCGUCCGGGAUAUGGACAGGAGGACUGCGGAAACCGGGGAUGACGGGAGGACGAGUGAGGAAGCGGCCGCCGGCCCCUGUCUGCAGCUUGACCUGGGGGACACCGAUUCAGCCAGGAAGGCUCAGAUAACAGAGAUGCCGUCCCCAUUCGGAGCAACCCAUGAGAAAAAGAUUGGCCACAGGAGGAUCGAUGCCUCUGGACAGACGACGUACAAGAAGACCACCUCCUCUGCCUUGCAAGGGGCCAUCCAGCUGGGUAUUGGAUACACUGUUGGCAACCUCAGCUCCAAGCCUGAGAGAGAUGUGCUGAUGCAGGACUUCUAUGUGGUGGAGAGCAUCUUUUUCCCAAGUGAAGGCAGUAACCUCACUCCAGCCCACCACUUCCCAGACUUUCGGUUUAAAACCUACGCCCCUGUGGCCUUCCGCUACUUCCGAGAGCUGUUUGGGAUCCGACCAGAUGACUACCUGUAUUCUCUAUGUAACGAGCCACUGAUCGAGUUGACGAAUCCAGGAGCUAGUGGGUCCAUAUUCUACGUCACCCGCGAUGACGAGUUCAUCAUCAAAACUGUUCAGCACAAAGAGGCGGAGUUUCUACAGAAACUUCUUCCUGGAUACUACAUGAACUUGAACCAGAACCCCCGAACUUUGCUGCCAAAGUUUUUUGGCCUCUACUGCGUCCAGUGCGGGGGCAAGAACAUCAGACUUGUUGUGAUGAACAAUAUUUUACCACGCUCUGUACGCAUGCACCUCAAGUUUGAUCUGAAGGGCUCCACAUACAAGAGGCGAGCGUCGAAGAAGGAAAGAGAAAAGUCCAAACCCACCUUUAAAGACCUGGAUUUUCUGAGUGACAUUCCUGAAGGCCUCACGCUGGACCAGGACACGUACAGCGCUCUGGUCAAAACUCUGCAGAGAGACUGUCUGGUUCUGGAAAGUUUUAAGAUCAUGGACUACAGUUUGCUGCUGGGGAUCCACAACAAGACCCAAGCACAGCGAGAGCAUCAGUCUCAGGGCUCACCUGCAGGAGGAGGUGGGGAUGAAAAGAAGCGCGCAGCUCAGAGAUCCUUGUACUCCACUGCGAUGGAGUCUAUACAGGGAGGCUCCACAUGCAGGGACACACUAGACCAUGAUGACACUAUGGGUGGUAUUCCAGCUGUGGGUAGUAAAGGAGAGCGCCUCCUGCUGUUCAUUGGGAUCAUCGACAUCCUGCAGUCCUACAGGAUGAUCAAGAAACUGGAGCACUCUUGGAAGUCCCUCAUCCAUGACGGGGACACAGUGUCCGUCCACAGACCUGGUUUCUAUGCCGAGAGGUUCUUCAAAUUCUGUAGCACCACCGUCUUCAAGAAGAGCAGCUCAUUGCGUUCGUCACCGUCUAAGAGGGGGCGAGGGGCUCUCUCCAUGUCCAAGUCCAGUGCUGGGACGGGUUCAGGUGGGCAGCGUCCCUCACUGACUGAUGAGAGGCAGGAAAACCUGGACAACUUGGAGAACCUACGAGGAGCUCGCAGCUUCCCCAUGCUGGAAGACAACGGGAGAGAGCCACCCUGCACUCCUCCCUCCUUUGAAGACGCUACCACCGCUUCUAUCGCCACCACGCUCUCCUCCAACAACUCCUUACCCACCACCCCCUUCGAUACACCAGAGCACCCACGCUACAGGAGGCAAAUGCUCUCCCCGAGCGUGGCCAGGGCGCAGAGGGAGGUGGUGGAGGUUCAUGGGGAGAAACAGGACACCAUUACAGUGGAGGUGGAGCUCAGUAAAAUCCCAAAAAGCACGGAGCUCACACAGAUGACAGAGAUGACCUCUCCCAGCCAUCUGUCACCUGUACGCCCGCCCCGUGCCAUCGCCUCACCCACCCAUAUUAGUCCAUCCUCUGCAUAUUCCUCCUCCACUCUUCCUCCUUCCUUUGUUCCUCCCUCCUCCGCAGCUCAAUCAGCUGCCCAGUCAUCCUCCACACUUACUUCAUCCAUCCGUCCGUCCACCAAACCACUCACCUCUUCCGCUGCUGCUGCUGCUCAGUCUUCCACUCUCUCCUCUCCAGUCUCUCCUUCAGCCGCGCGUUCAACACAUCUCACCUCCACCCUCCCGCCCGGCUCAGCAUUCACUCCCAUCUGCCCCUCAUCUUCUAACUACUCCACCCAGAGCUCCACUCACCAUCUCCCCACGACCCCGCCCUCCUCCCACCCCUCGAGCCCUCAGGUGCCUCGGCAGGCGCAGCGUCCGUCGUGCAAUCAGCUGUCUGUGUCCAGCAGCCAUAACUCAUUGGACGGGGAGGUGCAGGUGUCUGACAUCUACUUUUACGCAGACGGCAGAUAUUGGGUGUAUUCUCCAGUUCUUGGCCGCCGUAAGCUAAACUCUAGCUCAAGUUACAAUACUCAGGAGGAUCGGGGCUGGGUGUACUCUCCUCUGCACUACAGCUCAGAGUCCAGAAGGGGCUCAGAUGGGGAGAGUGAGACAUAACUCACAGCAGAGACAGCAGUGAUGGGUGGAGCCUGAGGCUGUCUCCAUAUACAGAAGCUGUGAGGGUUUAAUAACAAAGCCACCAGGACACUAUGAGAAUUAAUGCCGGUCGCCCGAGCUGCAUGUGGGAGCUUGCUUUGCCAGCAGAGACUGAAGGAAUGAACUUGGAAGCAUUCAAGUAUACAACAAAACAAUCAUGCAUACACUCACAUAUAUUCAAACAUGAAACUUUUAAAAUAUUAUGCAACAGAAAUUAAAAUAAAUAACCAUUUUCCAGGACAAUCUGACUGACAUCACGCAGAGAAAUAAAGUUAUAUUACACGGUACAAUCAGCUGAGUGGCACUGUGAGAGAUCUGGGUGGUGUAGCUGCGGCCCCGCUGCCUGCUGUGGAGGUUUUUAGUGUUGAUGAGUCACGCUGCGCUACACCGUGCCAGCUCUGGCUAUGCAAUAUGGACAUAUGUGUUAUUGAUUUCUCUUUUUGACUAACUACUUCAGAGUUUAUUUUUCACUAGGGGCAUGUCAAAGCUGUACAUAAUUUUAUUUCUAGCACUUUAUCGAUGUACAUGUGGCUGAGGUCUUUUGAAAUCGUACAUGUUUUGUUAUUUUGUCAUCAGUUAUUGUUUCUCAAACACAGUAAAUGUUGUGUCAGCUGUGUGUUUACGCAGUGUUCUAGUUGACCAGCGGUGUGUGAUGGUCCAUUUAAGAAACUUUGAUCUGACGAUGAAUGGUUGUGUUUAAAAUGCCUUAUUGACAAACUCAUUUUCAUAACUGUUUUUGAUAUUUUGGUCACAUGUAAUAUAUAAAAAAAAUCAAAAAUAUAUAAACAUGAGUCUUUUAUUGAAGAGUAAAUACCAAAUAUUUAAAGCAGUUAAAACAAUAUAGCAGCCAUGCAUUUACACUUUUUUCCAGAGUCAAGCUCCAAGAGAUCAAAGAAAAAAAAUCAUGUUUUGUAAAUUGUAGAUAAACUGUGUGUGUGCUGAAGCACAUGCAUGUAAGUCUGUCCGUGCCCUCAUGUCUCUGUGUGUGCAUGUGUUUGCAUGCAUAUUAAUGUGUGACUGGAAGGUUUUUCUGUCCUGCCUAUUUGUCAGAUUGUCAAAAGGUGUAACUUCCAUUUGUUGUAUUGGCCCUGAAAGUCUGAACCAGCCGUAAGCAUGUUGGCUGUGUGAGAAAAACGUCUUUAUUGACGGUGGAUUAAACAGAAUUGACCAAAUGAGACAAACUGAGCUAAACUGAAAUAACCUCAGAUUUGUAUACAGUUUAGCAGGAAAAUAAAUCUGCUACAUCCCUUCUCUUCCAUACAUGAUGAUACUAGACUUCCUGACUGUGUCGAUAAGCACUGCUGUAACAUGUUACUGUGUUAUUAGUCUGCUGAAGUUAACCUGCCUGUUUGUAGGCAACAGUGUUUGUAGCUGAUCACUGUGUAAAAGAAAAUAAAGA